GUCUGCAUCACUUUUUCCCCCGACUCCCUGGAGAGGCUUUAUCAGAGCUACUUCCGCCGGCAGAGACAGCAGAACAUGCUGAUGUUGAUGAUGUUUGCCGCGCUCUUCAACAGCUUUGUCAUCAUCAUGUGUGCCGUUGUGUACACUGAGUACAAGCGGGCCAUGGUGGUUGUGGCCACCGUGGGGCUGGCCGCAGAUCUGGUGUUCCACGAGCUGUACCGGCAGCAGAAACUACCCGAGUCGGCGGAGUCGCGCGGGGCCAUCCCAUAUGUCCUGUGGCUGAUGGUCACCGUCCAUGUGCUGUGCUACACGGGACUAAACUUCCAGCGUGUCUCCCAAGCUAGCGACUCGGUGGGCUGGCAGGCUUUUUUCAGCUUCUCCACCUUCCUGACUCUGCCCCUCAACUUGUCAGCACUGCUCCUGCUGUCAGGCCUCUCCUGCGGAAUCCACAUCCUGGUUCUGGGGUUUACUGUCAAUCAGACGUUUGAAGACAACUUGCAAGGGCCCAUGCUGGUCAGGCAGCUCCUGGCCAAUGUGAUGCUGUACCUGUGUGCAGCUGUUCUGGGGGUGAUGUCAUACUACAUGUCCGACAGGAAGUACAGGACAGCCUUUUUGGAGGCGCGUCAGUCCCUGGAGGUCAAACUCACACUGGAGGAGCAGAGCGCCCAGCAGGAGGAAUUACUGUUGUCCAUCCUGCCCAAACACAUUGCGGAUGAGAUGCUGCAAGCCUUGAAGGAUCAGGCCAAUGAGAACGAAGUCCAGAAACAGCAAAAGCAACAACAGCAGAAGCAGCAGCAGCAAUUCAACACCAUGUACAUGUACCGCCAUGAGCACGUCAGCAUCCUGUUUGCCGACAUCGUGGGAUUCACCCAGCUGUCUUCCACCUGCAGCGCGCAGGAGCUCGUCAAGCUGCUCAAUGAGCUCUUCGCUCGCUUCGAUAAACUGGCCGAACGACACCAUCAGUUGCGAAUCAAAAUCCUGGGCGACUGCUACUAUUGCAUCUGUGGUCUUCCUGACUUCAGAGAGGACCAUGCUGCCUGUUCUAUCAUGAUGGGCCUCUCCAUGGUAGAAGCCAUCUCUUAUGUGCGAGAGAAGACAAAAACGGAGGUGGACAUGCGAGUGGGCGUGCACACCGGCACCGUGCUGGGAGGAGUACUGGGCCAGAAGCGCUGGCAGUUUGAUGUUUGGUCCACGGACGUCACCGUCGCCAACAAAAUGGAGUCUGGGGGGAUUCCUGGGCGAGUGCAUAUUUCCCAGAGCACCAAAGAAAGUCUACACGGCGAGUUUGAACUGGAGCCUGGCAAUGGUGGCGAGAGAUGCGAGUACCUGCUGGAGAAAGGCAUUGACACGUAUUUGGUUCUGGUUCCUAAAAAGAAGGAAGAUGAACUCAAUAGAAAAGUGAGUAAAUCCAGUGUUAAGUCACGACAUUUGAUAAACACAACAUCAAACGGGAGCGUAGCAUCGUCAUCCCCGCUGUCGGAGUCUCAUCAGGAGAGGUACCGCUUGAUUGGAGAACAAGUGAUCAACAUGCGACUACAGCAGGAACUCCUGGAGAGAGAAACACAGCAAAUCUUAAAGAACCUGAUCCAUCCCGUCUCGCUGCGCUUUGUGGAAGGCAAGCUGGAAGCGCACUACUCCUCGAAGAAGGAGAAGCGAAGCGGGGCGGCCUUCUGCUGCUGCGCCAUCGUCCUGCUCUUCACCACCGCCAUGGAGGUCUUCAUAGACCCACUACUGGUGGUGAACUACGUGACUCUUGCAAUUGGAGAAGUACUGUUGCUCAUCCUCACUGUGUGCUCCCUAGCUGCCAUCUUCCCCAGGUUUUUUUCCAAAAAGCUGGUGUCCUUCUCUUUGUGGAUUGACCGCACACGCUGGGCAAGAAACACAUGGGCAAUGGCGGCCAUGUUUGUCCUCACCAUGGCCAUGAUCGCUGAUAUGCUCAGCUGUGUUCCGCCACACUUGCGGCUCAUCAACGGCACCUCAGACGUGGCGCUGGAUGCGCUGGGCGAAUGCGCCGAGAACCCCAAGCACUACAGCUUCAUGGCCGUGAUGUCGCUGAUGGCCACCGCCAUGCUGGUGCAGGUCAGCCACCUGAUCAAGCUGAGCCUGAUGGUGCUGGUCGUCAUGGCGAUUGGGGCUGUCAACGUCCACAGCUGGCGGGACAUCUACGAUCUGUACGACUUUGUGCACUUUGCGUCCUACAGAACGUCCAUGGUACCAUCCAAGUACCUGAUGACCCUGAUGACCAUUGUGAUGAUGGUCAGCCUCUACCUUUUUGCCCGCCACUUGGAGCUUCAGUCCAGGGAGUUGUUCCUGUGGAAGGUGGGCGUGCACGAUCAGAAGGAGAGGGUGCUGGAGAUGAGACGCUGGAAUGAAGCCUUGGUCACCAACAUGUUGCCCGAGCAUGUGGCCAAGCACUUCCUGGGCACCAAAAAGAGAGAUGAGGAGCUGUACAGUCAGUCAUACGAAGAAGUGGGUGUGAUGUUUGCCUCCAUACCCAACUUCUCCGACUUCUACACAGAAGAGAGCAUCAACAACGGAGGCAUCGAGUGCCUCCGGAUCCUCAACGAGAUCAUCUCUGACUUUGACAGCUUACUGGACAAGGACGAGUUCCGCAACAUCACCAAGAUCAAGACAAUAGGAAGCACCUAUAUGGCAGCAUCGGGACUCACCCCAAAAAUCAGCGCAAACGGACACGACGAUUGUCACAAGCCAGAGGAGCAGACGCGUCUUGAGCAUUGGCAGCACCUGGCUGAUCUGGCAGACUUUGCUUUGGCCAUGAAAGUCACCCUGGACAACCUCAACAACCAAUCCUUCAAUAACUUCAUGCUCAGAAUUGGUCUCAAUAAAGGCGGCGUUCUGGCCGGCGUGAUCGGAGCUCGUAAACCUCACUACGACAUCUGGGGGAACACGGUCAAUGUGGCCAGUAGGAUGGAGUCCACCGGAGUCAUGGGAAACAUUCAGGUGGUGGAGGACUGUUUCGACAUCCUCAAGUACUACGGCUUCCGUUUUGUUCGAAGGGGGCCCAUUUUUGUCAAAGGCAAAGGCGAGCUGCUCACCUUCUUCAUGAAGGGAAAAGAAAAAAACACAAGCGACGUUCUUCCACUGACGACUCUUCCACACCAAGUGGUGCACGUUUUUUGA